AUGAGUUUUCAAGUCGGCAUUUAUAGUUGUGAUUAUAUCAAGUCUGGAAAUUAUCUACAAUGCAGUUCUCCCACUUCAGAUCUUUUCUUCUUACUAGAAUUCCUCUUAGCAUACAAUCUUGAAGUUCUCAAUAUAGGGAACACCCCCACUUACGUGAAAGAUUGGAGGGUCUCCACGGAACCUUCCCUAUCAGAUCACAGAAUCAUCGAGUUCAAAUUAAGAGGAAUCAUACUCCAAACUGAAAUUCGAAGGAAUCCAAGAAAAACCGAUUGGGAACUAUACCACACCAAUCUCGUAGACAACCUGGACCAAAUAGAUGCAGGUAGGGCUAGGAACCACCUGUAUCUAGAAUGGUACGCAAAGGAAGUCAAUAGUGCAAUAUUGGAUGCAUAUGAAUCUAGUUGCCCCACAAGUAAGGGCAUACAAAAAAGUAGCAACAAGCCCUGGUGGAACAAAAAGCUGGCCAAUCAAGCUGGCCAAUCGGAGGUCCGACGACUCUUCAACAGAGCCAAACCCAGCGGCGAAUGGCAGCUCUACGCCGAGAAAUUUUCUGAGUAUAAUAAGGAGAUUAGAAGGGCAAAGCGGUCUGACUUCAGAUACUUUUGCGAAAACAUCACUUCAAUUACUUAUGCAGCUAGACUACACAAAGCUAUGGCCAAGAGUAGCAUAUCUAUUGAAACGCAAGUAGCUCCGACCGAACCCCACAAUCCUCGCAGGGAAGACUGGGAGACUGCCAAGCUAGUACUAACAGAACAGAAACUGAAAUGGGCUAUUGACACCUUUCAGCCUUAUAAAACAGCAGGAAUAGAUGGGAUUUUUCCUGCCCUUCUAAAGAAGGCCGAGGACCUGUCCUAG